AGCAACUUGACCCAUGGACGGUUCAUUUUGAUGGUGAAACCCAUUGCUGCUAGUUAUAAAAACUUGGUAGUUGUAGAUCUGGGAUAAGCUACUAGACAACCGUAACCAGGACAGAAACAGAAGAACAUUACUUCCAAGUGCAAAGUGGAAAAAUCUAUUGUCAUAGGUGUUGGUCUUCCCAAAUGCCUACUAAGCUUUAUUCUUCAAUCUUCCCAUCUAUCAUCUUUCUCUCUCUCGUCUUCCUCUUCCUCUACUCCACUUUCCUUCCUCUUUAUACCAACAACCACUCCUCUUCAUCGCCCGCUAAGAAGUUCCUUACUUCACCAUCUUCUUAUUGCAACAUUUUCAAUGGCAAUUGGGUCUUAGGCUCCACCAAACCCAGGCCUUUCUACGAUGAAACCUGCCCAUUUCAUCGAAACGCCUGGAAUUGUAUUAAGAACAAGAGGGACAACAUGGGAAUCAUCAAUUCCUGGAAAUGGGUACCCAAAGAUUGCAGCUUGGAGAGAAUUGAUCCCAAGGGUUUCUUGAGUUUGAUGAGGAAUAGGAAUAUUGGCUUUGUUGGGGAUUCUCUGAAUGAAAAUUUUUUGGUGUCUUUUUUGUGCAUUCUUAGAGUGGCUGAUGUAAGUGCUAAAAAGUGGAAGAAAAAGGGUGCUUGGAGAGGGGCUUAUUUUCCCAAGUACAAUGUCACGGUUGCCUAUCAUAGGGCUGUUUUGCUUGCCAGAUACAAGUGGAAGCCAAAACAAUCUGCGGUUUCUGAUCAGGAUGGACUAAAAGGAAUAUACCGAGUGGAUGUUGAUAUUCCUGCUGAUGAAUGGAUCAACGUCAGGGACUUUUAUGAUGUUCUUGUUUUUAACACUGGCCAUUGGUGGGGCUAUGAUAAAUUCCCGAAAGAGACACCUCUUGUCUUCUAUCAGCAAGGGCAACCAAUAAGUCCCCCACUGGGAUUAUCGGAUGGCCUUCAAGUUGUUCUUGAAAAUAUGGUCCACUACAUUCAAAAGGAAGUUCCUAAGAACACUCUCAAGUUUUGGCGAUUGCAAUCACCAAGACAUUUUUAUGGUGGCGAGUGGAACGAAAAUGGCAGUUGCUUGUCUGACAGACCCCUUGAAGAACACCAGCUUGACUUGUGGUUUGAUCCCAGCAACAAUGGAGUGAAUAAAGAAGCAAGGACACUUAACCAUCUAAUCAAAGAGGCACUGCAAGGCACAGAUAUUCAAUUGCUUGAUCUGACUCGUUUAAGUGAGUUCAGAGCAGAUGCCCAUCCAGCAAUUUGGUUGGGAAAGAAGGAUGCUGUGUUGACGUGGGGCCAGGACUGCAUGCACUGGUGCCUACCUGGUGUCCCUGAUACAUGGGUUAAUAUACUGGCACAACUAAUCCAUAAUAUCUUGGAGACAUGGUGAUCAAAUGUUGAACUGAAUCUUAUCAAAUUGUUUCAAUAUUCACCUUGGAUAAUGCGAAGCAGCGCCCUCUGUAUUCACUAAGUAUGCCAAUAUGUGAAAAUGUGAAUACAGAAUACAAGCGAAUGCCUCAACCCUUCUGUCCUCUAAGAUCUCUUCUUAUGGGCCUUUCCCACUUCCCUUUUUUUCGGUCUUGGGGGGUGGGGGGUUGUCUAACUAACGGAUUUUGUCAAUUACAACAGCGAAUCACUAACAGAUGACGUCUUCUUCAGUGAUGUGUCCUGGUUUGAAGAGAAUGUUGGGGAUUUUCACAAGAUAUAUAUAUAUAUAUAUAUAUAUAUAUAUUUAUAUAUUAUGAUGAACAAGAUAACUUAGAUUGCUAAAGAACUUGUAAAUUGUAAUAGACUACUAGUUUAAUUGAAAAUUUCCUUUCUUCGGUCACAGUCAAAUAUCAAAAUCUUGGAUAGUGGAAUGUUGUAUAUCCAUUUAUUUGAUAGUCAUGUUGUCCAUUUUUUUCCUUUCCUUUUCAAUAUUACAAGGUUUAUUUCUCUAGCUUGCCUGGUCCUCCAUUACUUGGUUUUAUGUAAAUGAUUAAACCUUCAAAGGAUAAACAAUGAACGUAUAAAGAAUUUCUUUCUAUACAUAUAUAAAUACAAUUUUCUCUUGAAAAAAUGUUUUAAAAAUCACAAAUUUAAUGACUACAAC